GUCACGGGCACUAUUUUCUCAUUUGCAUCAAUGUUAAAGCCUCAAAACUUGAAAUAAUUGACAACAAGUCCUUAGUCCGUGGUGUUACCAUGAAGGACAAGUAUAGAGAUUGCCCAACCCUCUUGGUUACAGCUUUAAAAGAAUACCUAGCACUGGGGUCAUCUUCCCUAUUCUGGAAGGUGGAUGAGCUAACCAUAGAGGUUGUGGACAUGAGUUGGAAAGAAUCGAAAAAUUACAUUGAUUGCGGACUAUUUGUAAUGAGGCAUAUGGAAACAUAUAAAGGGACAUUGAAUAAAUGGAACCCGGGAUUCAAAAAGCAAGCAAACUUAAAUGAAAACUUCUUAAUUGGAUUGAGGGCCAGGUACGCCGCAACAAUCAUAAGAUGGCGUGCCAACAUAUUGAAAAACAUUGUGAUCAAGAAAACCAAACUCUUGUACAACAAGAAAUGAACAGCUUGUAC